AUGGUUACACUGUCCACUUUACCAAUUGAGAAUCACAAAUUUAAUAAACAAACCGACGAGACUAGUAGUGAUGGCGAUUCUACAGCAAAUGAAAUCAGUUAUGGUCCAGGUAUAGUUCAAAAAUUAUGUGCUCGAUUUUUGCAAUUAUCCAAAGAGCCCAAUACUGUACCACCGUUACGAUCACCACGUUUUAAACGACGAAAAUCAUCUGCAGAAAAUAACUUUACUGUAGUUAGUGAAAUUCGUCGUUGUAACACACAAACUCUUACUCGCUCAAAACCUACUACAAAUAAGGUUCUUGUUAAUGCGACAAAAAAUGAUACGAACUCUUGCGAUGGACAAAAAUGUGAAUCACAUAUUAUACCAGCGAUGGUUGGUACGGUAGAAUUGAACGGUACCUAUUUAUAUCAUGCUACCGUAAUUCCUGAUGAUAUGAAAGCGAAUCGUAAAGCAAAAAAAAUCGAAUCAAUACGAGAAAAGUUCGAAAAAAUUUCUGCUACUUCAUCUAUUUUUCCACAUAAAAAGGUAAAUAAAGUUUGUUUUCGACGAGGUUGCAGCCUGCUAACUGCGAAUACCGAAUCACCAAGUAGACAACCGAAAUCGACAAAAAUGCCGGAAGAAAUUCGAACAGCUCAGCAUGAUGAAAGUUUUGAGAUAGAACGAGACAAAAGCAACAUACAACCAUCAGUUUCAAGCGAUACAGUAAGGGUAGUGGUGAAAUUAUCACCGCCUGACGAUAAUCCAACUGUCACAGAGCUUUCAACAGCACCAACUAUUUCAUCCUUGCCAAACUCCGAUCAUUUUCAGGAAGAGAUGAAUAACGAUCAGAUAGAAAGGAUUGAGAAGGAAGUUAAUGAUGAAUUAAGCCCUAAUAGAUCAUCUCAAUUCGAUGCCAUUUCCAGCAUUACAAUCGCUACCAAUACUUCAGCUAAAAUACCUGAUAGAAAGCAAAGCGAACAAAAUGGCUUACAAGAAGUACAUUGUUUGCUAAAGAAAUUUAAUGCAAUUCGAGAACAACGAAUCAAAAAAUAUGUCCAUAAGGAUAUGAGCGAUAAAGCAGACAAUCGGCAAUGGUAUGAUAUGGAUGAUCAUCACGACCUGUUGAUGCAAUUACAGAAGGUUAAAAUUUAUACGGUGACGUAA